AUGGACUUAUCUGUAAUAAAUAGUUCUCCUCUCUCGGUACAGGCGACAAUUGUUAGUCCAGUUGUUUCAAAUGAGUCUGAAGAAUUGGCAACAUCUCCCGGUAAUAACUCCAAUCAGGUUGAGCGUGCUGCUGUGCAUCGACGCCGUAAUACUCAUAACAGGGCUAUGAAUAGAUAUGAAGUUUCUUCUUCACGUGGAGAAAACUGGCAUAGUUGGAAUUCUUUGCGACUACCUUAUAUACUACAUCAGCUCCGAGUAAUUAAUGAAGUAACCAUCGAUGCUGAAUCCAACAACAAUCGUAUGCUCAGAUUCCAAGAUCGACUCGAUUGUUCACUGCCAACAGAAAGUGUUAGCAACGAUACACCGUAUCAUGGCAAUAUUUUCAUCAUGGACUGGCUACUUCAAACAUUUAAAACACCAGCAAAGGUGACGUUUGAUCGUAUAUUUAAACUUUUGAUAGAAGGAAUUCAAAAAGAAGGAGAGAUGCAUGGAGAUCCCAAUUUACACAACCUGUUUGAUAUACUUUGGCAUAUCGAGCAAAAUGCAUCAAGCCUCAGCGAAACUAAACGUAUGGCAUUGCUAAGAGAAGGAUGUAUCUAUAUGUACACUGAAGCUUCGUUUCUGUAUCGGGAAACGAAUGAAGCUCUUCGUGUUAAUGACAAGUCGAAACUCAAAACACUGGGACCGUUCUGCUUCCUCCUAUAUGAUUACAUCGGCAGAAAUUCUUCUGACAAUGUGUCAAAACUUGAUCGUUUAAGGCAAACACUACAUUUUAAGAAAAAGAAUCCUCUGAUAGUUUAUCGUGGAGAUAUUGUAUUAGCACAGAAACUGAAAGAAUAUCGGGAAGCAGCUGGAAAUGACAAGAAAUGCUUCAAAUGGUCGUGUUUCGUAUCUACGUCAGCAGACAUUGAUAAAGCUCUGAAAUUCGGUAAAAAUGUUCUUUACGAGAUGGAUCUUGGUAGAUAUAGAUGGAAUGACCAAUUUGCAAACAUAUCGCACCUAUCAGUUUUCGAAACAGAAAAUGAGACACUUCUUCAGCCAGGUGUUCGAUUUUGUAUCGAUACAUUCGAAGAAAAUUGGAGAGCUGAUCGUGCACUUGUGCGUAUUCAUAUUCUUCCAUCGUACGUACAAAAAGUGUAG